AUGCACAACAUGACACCGAUGUCAAACGUCGUCAUCAUUGGAGCUGGAAUCGUGGGCACCAACCUUGCGGACGAACUGGUCUCGCGAGGAUGGAUGAAUAUUACCGUAGUCGAUCAAGGGCCCCAACACAUGCCCGGCGGCUCCACCUCCCACGCGCCAGGCUUGUGCUUUGCCAGCAACCCUUCGAGGACGAUGACUCUGUUUGCGCAGUACACGGUGGAGAAACUUCUAUCGUUGGAGUUUGACGGUCGAAAAUGUUUCAAUCAAGUGGGAGGUCUCGAAGUGGCCACUACCCCUGAGCGGCUGGAGGAGCUCAAGCGAAAGCACGGAUUCGCCACCUCGUGGGGGGUAGACACACGUUUAGUCGAUGCCGACGAAUGCUUGAAGCUCUACCCUCUGUUGAACAGAGACUUGGUUCUUGGCGGCCUACACAUCCCGAGUGACGGCCUCGCAUCGGCCGCAGCCACGGUCCAGCUUCUGGUAUCACGCACGCGCAAAUCAGGCGUUCGCUACCUUUGGUCCACCCGAGUGACCGGCAUCGAACAGGCCAAUGACCACGUCACGGGAAUUGUAACGAAGGCAGGCAUAAUUCCCGCCGACAUUGUUGUUUCCUGCGCCGGCUUUUGGGGCGUCGAGGUCGGUGCUCUCGCCGGCUUGCCUAUUCCUUUGCUUCCCAUGGCCCAUCAAUACGUCAAGACCACCGCUGUACCUGCUCAGAUUGGUCGAAAUUCGCUCCCAGAUGGGGCGAGCCUACCAAUAUUGCGCCAUCAAGACAACGACCUAUACUUUCGUGAACUUGGUGAACGAUACGGCAUCGGCUAUUAUGGCCAUCGUCCAAUGCCGGUGGCCGCAUCGUUGUUGAGCACCACGCCGUCAGAUGUCGACGAGCGCAACAUGCCGUCUCGCCUUAAAUUUACCCCGGCCGACUUUGACGCGGCGUGGAAGCUGUCUCAAGACCUCCUACCCGCUUUGGGCGAUGCCGAUAUUGAGGAUGGAUUCAAUGGCGUUCUCUCCUUCACACCCGAUGGCUUCCCCCUCGUGGGACAGUCACCUGCUCUGGAUGGAUUUUACGUGGCAGAGGCUGUGUGGGUGACUCAUUCAGCAGGCGUCGCGCGAGCACUGGCAGAGCUCAUGACCAUCGGAAAGUCUCAGCUCGAUCUCUCCUGCUGUGAGCUUUCCAGGUUUGAACAGACCCAGCUCACUCCAUCAUACGUGAACGAGGCUUCUCAACAGAACUUCCGAGAGGUAUAUAGCAUUGUUCAUCCAUUUCAGCAGCGGAAUUCGCCGCGAAACCUGCGCCUCGGUCCGUUCUAUCUCCGCCAACAACAGCUUGGUGCUGUCUUCCUCGAAGCCUCCGCUUGGGAGCGUCCAGAAUGGUACGAGGUGAAUAAAACGCUGGUCAACAAGCUACCAGCCGAGUGGCAACCACGCAAACGUGAUGCUUGGUCUUCCAGAUACUACUCGCCAAUAGUAGCUGCAGAGGCAUGGAAAACACGGACUGCCGUGGCCGUCUACGACAUGACUUCCAUGUGCCGGCUGGAGAUAUCUGGCCCAGGGGCCGUUGAUCUGUUGACGAGACUGACCACAAGUGAUGUUUCCGGAAAGCCAGGGUCCGUUUCUUACACACUGCUCCUCGAUGACCAUGGUGGCAUUCGUAGCGACAUUGUUGUCAUCAGAGUCCUCGAUAAUUCAUUCCAGGUUCAUGCAAACGGCCCGACGGACUUGGCCUACUUUUCAAGAGAAGCCCGAGAGCAGACGAGAGCGGCUCCAGGGCGCUUUGUUCAGGUGCGAGACAUCACAGGCAGCACUUGUUGUCUCGGACUAUGGGGGCCACGAUCGCAGGAUGUGAUGGCUGCGAUGUGCAUCGAUGAGCCACCUGGCACCGCAGGGCACCCUCGUCUGCAAGCCAAGCAUGUAAGCAUAGGCGGCAUACCAACUGUUGCGAUACGCAUGUUGUACGUGGGGGAACUCGGCUGGGAAAUUCAUGCCAGUGCCGACCACGGCUUACGUCUAUGGGACACGAUUUGGCAAGCUGGUCAACCGCAUGGAAUGAUUGCAGCCGGGCAAAGUGCUCUAUGUUCGUUGCGAAUGGAGAAAGGCGUACGAAUCUGGGGUGUUGAUAUGAGCACAGAGCACGACCCGUACGAAGCUGGACUCGAGUUUGCCGUCCAGGAUGACAAGGGUGGCUACGUCGGAGCUGAUGCGCUGAAACGCCGUCCCAGAGACGAGAGUGCACGACGACUGCGCUGCCUUACCAUUGAUGAUGGCUGCUCCAUGGUACUCGGAAAAGAGCCCGUGUAUCUGGACGGAGGGCCUGUGGGGUACAUAACCAGUGCUGCAUUUGGGCACGCAAUUGGCAGGCCGAUCGCAUUUGCAACCCUAGCUCGACGCGUUAACGAGGGAGACGCUGUCAAAAUCGAGUACUUUGGACGGCUCAUUCCUGCGACUGUGGCCGCCGAGCCACUCUUCGAUCCUCAGGGAAACCGACUCAAAGCGUUGGGAAGGGUCCAUAGACUGUAG